GAACAAGGUCUCUCUCUCUCUCUCUCUCUCUCUCUCUCCGGAGCUCUAACAAUGGCAGAGAAGGGCGUGAAGGUGUUCGGCAUGUGGGCCAGCCCGAUAGUCAUCCGGGUGGAGUGGGCGCUCCGGCUGAAGGGCGUCGAGUACGAGUACAUCGACGAGGACCUGGCCAACAAGAGCGAGGCGCUGCUCCGCUACAACCGGGUGACCAAGAAGGUGCCCGUGCUCGUCCACGACGGAAAGCCGAUCGCCGACUCCAUCAUCGUCGAGUACAUCGACAAGACCUGGAAGGACGGCUACCCCAUCAUGCCGGCCGAUCCCUACGAGCGUGCUCAGGCGAGGUUCUGGGCCAGGUUCGCCGAAGAGAAGGGUACGCAAAUGACGCGGCACAUGCCCUGUCUCCUAGCUACGGUCCUACGGAAGCCGAUCUCCACCACUACCUUUGGGUGAAAACGGGACAGCUGCCCGCCCGUCCAAAGACUUGCGCAAGUAUAGGAUGCUCCACUAAACCAAUGUUUCGAGCUUUUUUAUAGCCCUAACCAAGGUUGCUCAGUGUUGAAACUCUAGUAAACCGAACUAACAAACCAUCUCUCAAAUCUGAUGCUCCACUAAACCAAUGCUCAAACGAAUAGACCACAUCCAAAUUCUCUAAGUGUAGAACGAGCUCAUCAAGUUUUGUGAUGAUCAAACCAUGUUUGAGCCUCCGAUCACAAUCUUAAAGAUGAUCAGUCUAGAGCCACCAAACCUGGAUAGAUUCAGCUCUCUUUCUUCUUCCUCUGUUCUCUCAGGAUGUGUGUGUGUCUCUCUCUACAAU